GACGCCGACAGCGCCGCCAGGUCGGCGGUCAGCGGCUGCGCGACUCCUGCGGCGCCAUCGCGAGCCGCGCCGUCGCUUGCGCCGUCGCCCGCGCCGUCGCCGGCGCUCGAGCAGAGCGAUGUUGCGGAGCUGGCAUGGCGCAUCCGCGCAAUCAUGGCGCAGCACGCCGAGGACUGCAAGCGGAUGACGCCGCACUACGCGGCGCGCUACGCCAAGCGCUCGCUCGACGCGCUGCAGGCCGAGUCGAUCGCCUCGCCGGCGCCGUCCGUCGCUCGGCCGACCCCGGGGCGAGGAGGAGGGAGGACACCGGCGGCGGCGGCGCUUGCGGGCGGCGGUGGCGCCGCUCCCUACGCGCCGCCGCACCGCUCCCCCUUCGGAGUCGCGCCGUCUCGGGCCGGCAGCUCGCAGCGCCCCCCAACCUCGCUGGCCGAGGGCGGCGGGACGCCGAUGAGAGUGGUGUGAGAUGUGGGAAAUUUUGUGGCAUGGGUGGGGCACGUGCAGUCGGUGCCGUUGCGCGUCGCUCAAUCAGCUAGAGGACAACAUCAUGUUCAAGAGAGGGGUUAGGAAAGGACUAAGGUGAGCACGGCGCUUGAGCGUUAUUGUGCAGACGG